AUGUAACUACUUCGAAAUAGCUGAACCAGGUAAUACGGAAAAAUUUUGUGGAGAAAAUAAAGAGAACAUCUAUUUUGAAUCAAGAAGCAAUUACCUAGCCAUAGACUUUCACCAUGAGAAUUCUAUGGCCUUUGGUGUUGUAAUAUUAUUCUCGGUAAAAAGAAAUAAUUACAUUAUUACAGGUCUGCCUAAUGAACCAUUCCAUUCUGGACAUUUCAUAGAAACUCCAUAUUUUCCUAAUUCAUAUUCUGCUGAUUAUCAAUCUGAAUACACAUUUCAUACAAAUGACCCAGAUGGUCGUGCAAUGCUAUUGUUUUUGGAUUUUCAAAUUUCUUUUUCUUCAUAUAUUGAGGUAAUUGGUCACAAUCAUACAAUACCAGAUCGAAUUUAUGGUGGUGUAUUUCGUCCUCCUGUUUUCGUUUCUCAGCAAAAUGAAUUAACCUUGAAAUUUGAAGCAAACUCACAGCCUGGAAAUUCUGGCUUCAGAGCAGUGGCGUAUUUUAUUAAAAGUUCAGAUGUAAAAGCAUCAAAGCCAUUUACAGAUUGUGGUGGUUCCAAAUUUGGAUUUGGCGGUUUAUUAAUUUUAGAAUCUCAAGAAAGCAGAUUGUAUGACUGCCUGUGGCAUAUCACAACUCCUAUAUUUUCUGAAGAAUUUUCAUACCUUUUAACUGUGUCUAAUAUCUCAUUAGUUGAUGCUGGAUCCAAUUCAUCUCUAGAGUUCCGAGAAGGACGAAAUUCAAAGUUUCCAAUCGUUACAAGUUUUGAUUGCGCCAGUAUGAACUGCAGUUCUAUUACAAGUGAAGUCACUGUUUCUGCUUACACAGGUCUUUAUAUAAGAUUCUUUGGUACACUGAAUCAGUUAUCUUCUGUUAAAAUGGUUUAUAGCACAUAUCAUAAUGGCAAUUGCAGUCGUAAACUACCAUAUUGUCAGGGAAGAUGUCUAUCUCCAAGUUUAUUGUGUGAUGGUAUAGAGCACUGCCCUGAUGCUAGUGAUGAACUAGAAUGUACAACACCAACUACAGAAGUGACUACUAUCGCCCCACCUGUUGUAAAGAAAAAGAUUGCUCCUUCAGAAACUGGGAUUUCUUUCCAUAUAAUUUUAUCCUUUGGUAUAUGUGGCCUGAUUGUCGUUAUAUCUGCAGUAAUUUUAUUAGUAUAUAAACGUGUGAAAACUGUUCCUUCUGCUGAGCAUGGUGAACAUCAAGAAGUGGUAACUGAAAUGUUAGGGCCUCCUCGGUACCCAACUUCAGAACAUACAACGGUUGACAAUCUACCAACAUAUGAUGACUUCAUUCGAACUGCAGAUCGCUACCCACCUCUAUUAUACACCAGAGCAGCUAAGCGAUAUUCUGAGCCACCCUAUCCAGCUCGCAUUAACCUUAUACACACUACAAGCUUCUGCAAGAUACCUGCAAUGAGUAGUCAGUCUUCUGAUUCCUCUUCAUCUGUGGAAACCAUGUUUGUUGAUGAGCUUCCUAUAACACCAGAACCAAGUUGUUCCUUUGAACGAAGCAACAUAACUUCCAACUUCACUAAACAGGAGUCUCCGAAUUGCUCACCUCAAAUCAAGAGAGCUUGGCUAUCAGAUUCAAAGUUAGAUCAGCUUAGGAAUAAUGACUGCCAUUUGCACCUUUCAAUUACGCACUGUACGUCGCCUUACAGCAAAUGCAAUUGUUCACUUAAGCAAUACUAUUCUUUGCCAAUCAAAUUUAAGAUUAACAACUGUAAAAGUAAUGAUAUUAAUAUAAUUCUACCUAAUAAUGCAGCCCCAAAGGUCGACUUUGGUAGAUCUCGGCAUUUGUCUUUCAGUCACAAUUCUGACACUAAUUCUAAAAUAGUAACCAUUAAAACUAGAUGCCAUAGUGAUCCAUGUCAGUUUAGUAUUCAAUAUUCAGUUUAUCCUUGAAUGUAUAAGACAAAAAAAAAAUUUGGUUGUAUUUUUUGCUGGAUGUUUGUUGUUACUAACAUUUUCGUUGUGAGCCCAAAGUUAAAGCUCAGUUUGUUGCAUUCCAUGUUUCAUUAAUUUAAUAACAAAGAAUGUUAUAUCAAUUCAGUUUUACAAAAUGUUUCAAUUGAAACUUAAUACAUAUAGUUUAAUGAGGGUUAGGUUUAUAUUUGCUGAGCAAUAUUUCUUCCUUUUUUUGUUUUGGAAAGGAGUACUUUCUAGAUUUACAAAUGUUUAGUUGAUUUAUUGCAUAAUAAUAUUUUAUGUUAAAUUGUUUUAUAUUUAUAGAAUCUUAUUUGACAUAUCAUUGACAUAAGGUGUUUACUCAAUCAAAAACAGUUUGUGUAAAAGUAACAUUUUUUGUUGGCUAUUUAUUUUAUUUUUAUUAUUAUUUGUUAAAGUAAUCCAGUUUUUGACACAUGUGAAACUGGAUUACAAAUUGUUAUACAUAUUUGGCUGUAUAAUGUAGUAUUUGAUAAAUUUUCUAUUUGUGAGAAAUAAAUAGCAUUAACAAGUUCUAUUAUGUUACUAUAUAAUAAAGCAUUUUUAUGUUUGAACAAGUAGUUGAUUCUAAAACUACAGUUAAAUUCCCUAACAUUUUAAAGAUGAUAAAAUUAAAUAUUUUUCUAUUGCUUUUAAUCUGAAACACUAACCUUUUCCAUUUAUAUAAUAUUUUUAAUAAAUUUAUAAUGUAUAAAUAACUAAUUUUUCUCCUCAUUUUAUAAUUGACCUAUGAUUGUCAUUGUUGUAAAAUGGAAGUAGAAAAUGGAUUUGGAGUAUUUUUGGAAUGAUUUAAACUAAUUUUAAAAAAAAUUUGUUUGAAUCAUUUUUAUUCUUAAACUUAUAAAUAUAAGAAGUUGUUAACAAUUUUAGAGGACUGUCUGAAUCAUUUAAAGUAAGACAUUAUAUAAUGGAGCUUGUUUUAUAAAUAAGGACUAUAUAUCGACUUUUGAAUGUUACAUUUUAUAUGUUUAUAGAUUUUAUGCAUCCAUUAAACUUAAAUGUCAGUAUUCCAUAAUUAAUGCAUUCAUCUAAGAGGAGUACUAAAAAAUCUAGAAUACAAUACGCAAGCUGUUCAAGGUAUUAAAUAUUAUUUUUGUUGUGAAAGUUGAGUAUUUUCAAAGGAGAUGGCUUCUCCUUGAUAUUUUAAAUUGCCUUAAUUUUUUAAAGUUUUAUUACCAAACCUAAUAGUGUAUUUUAUUUGGAUUUUUCACAUUAGAAAUUGUGAAAUUUUUGUAAUACAAAGUAAAAUGUGUUACUGAUAUCAAAAUGUAUUUUGUUUAGUCUUUAUAAAAAGUAAUUUAUUAAACUGAAAGUUAUAUAA